AACACGUGUUAUUUAAGAAGCCAAAGUGACUCACCCAAAGGCUUUCGUUGAAUCAGACCUGAAAACGAGCUGCUACUCAGAGGUUGAGUAAUCUCAAGUUUCUUGGAAGACGAAGAAUCAGGAAAAUAAUAUUCCAAUGAUGUCUGACCAUGGUGAACCGUGCGAUCCAUCUGAAGCCUCUUUCUGCAUGAAUGGGGGAUCAUGCUACAUGAUCCCCUCUGUGUCCACCCCUAGCUGUCAGUGCACUGAUAACUACAAGGGCAGUCGAUGUGAGCUGUUCCUGCUGGACAGCACGGCGUUAGACGGCAAGGAGUCUGGCAUGAUCGCAGCAGUGGUCAUCAUUGUCCUGCUCAUCGUGGCGAUGCUCGUUGUGAUCAUCUACUACACCUGCAAGCUGAAGAGGACUAAAGAACAAAAUCAGCCAACCAGAGAACAGUACUGGAAGGUCCAGCACAGGGAGCCAAGAGUAUGACACUAUCCUGACCGGGCAGAGAUCUGGGGACACAGCAAGAAGCUCCUGUGGUGUUGGAGAGCUUCAUACACACCGCUAGCACAAGUCUGAAUUCAAACAGGGCUGCGAUGGACUAAGCCCCCUGGAACAGACCGGCUACUUUCAAACACAUCACACUGGAUUUAGUCUUCUAAUGGUGUAUUUUAUCCACAGUGGCAGUGCACUGAAUGCAUGCGCGUUGAAAGGGCUUCUUCUGUGUAGCCCAUGACCCCAGUUUUGUCAAUGUUAUGCUUCACCACUGGAUGUCUGUCUCUGAAACUUCUGUUGAAAAUGUAACAUUUCAAAAGGAUUUUUGUUUUUAAACAUUAACUUCAGUAUACAGUUACCUUAGGCUUGUAAUGUCAUGUAACUGAGCAUAUAGCCAAUGAGGGAUGACUGUUAUUAUUGCAUUUUAUCAUAUGAUUAUUUUGUACAGUUGCAGCUUAUUUGUAAAUAACUAUGGUCCACUAUGUAGAUGUACAUUUGAUGAACGUUCGGCAUUUGUUUGAUGACAGAAGCAUCAACCUGUAAGAACAAACCAAUACCUUUGAUCCUCUCAUCAAAACAGUUGAUUAUAUUGUUAGUGUUUAUAUGUGUUCAAAAAAGGAAUACUUUUAUGAAUGGUUAGGGUGUGAUUGUAGGCAAGGAUCAUGUUGAAAGUUGUCUUUUGAAUGAUACUGACUGUAAACACUGACAGGUGUUAGAAGGGCUGCAGAGAGAACUAGGUUAUAGCUGACAGUCAGCAUCACUUGAUCAAAUCAUGAUCAAGAACCAGAGCAAUGGCAGAAAGAACAACCACUGUUCACUUACAGUGCACAUCUCACAAUAGAUAGAACUGCGUUAAGAUAAACUACUCACUUUGCUUAACUACCCCUUUAACACAGCUAAUCCCAAGAGGAAUUAAAAAAAUGCAAGACCAGAAACCGGUGGUCAGUAAAAGCUUACAUUGGUUGUACUAUUGAUUGUAUCAUACUAGCCUAAACCAUGAAAUGGUUUCCCCAAUAUUUGUAUGUUGUAGCAGUAUUGUGCAUAAAGUGAUUAUGGCAUAGGGCCAGACAGGAACUUGGGAAUGUGAAGAAUGCAAAAGAAUGUAGACAUGAUGCAGGCAUGAAGACAUGCAUUGCAUUCAUUUUUGCUCCUGUAUGAAGCAUAUAUUGUACGUGUGUACAAAUAUAUUGUAUAUAUUAAUUGUAAAACACUGUUUGUUCUUGUUUGUUAGACCUGUUUGUUGAUGAUGAUUUAUUUUUUACAUCAUUUAUUUGGAGGACCUGUUGACAGUGACUUAAUGUCAGAGUAUGUGUGGUAGAUGGAAUUGUAUACAAAAGAAUCUAUUCAAUGUUGAGGGAUACUACUUUUUAAAAUAAAUAAUAUGAUAUGUGCA